UUUCGUGGUUUCAUUAUCGAUAUAAAUAACUGUGUAGUACUUUGACCUGUUGGGCAACAAUCGCACGUUUUAAAUUCACUCGAUUCUAAUUCGAUAACUACUUUUUUCCCAUCACUACUACUUCCUACCCCCUGACCGCCCAGCUUGCUGUCCUCAUUCUUUUUCCGUGCGGGCAACAGUCAACAAGUUAAAAAUGUCUAAAAGAACCUACGAAGAAAGGAUUGACUAUUACAACAAUAAAAUUAAAAAGUACAUGGAUAAAGAUCGACGGAAACGACGACGUUUGCGGUUGAGUUCAUCUUCGGAUGAUUUCCCAGAAAAUGACUACAGGAGCGAGACCCUGGUGCUCGACCGAGACCAGGAGGCUAUCAUCGAGACCAUGGACCCUCCUCCAGAUCUCCGAGAUGAUUUAAGGGCUGGCUCCGCGGAGCCGCCCUCAGAAGACGCAGUGGACUUGAUCAUCGAGCCAACAGCGUCGGCCACGGAGCCUCCACCGGCCACAGACCCAGCGGUCGCCGACCAGCCCACGGGCGCCGAACCCACCACUUCAACGACGGACGUAGACCCCGAUAUUUUACAAGCUCUCGGGGAAGCUACGGACGUGGGACCUACGUUUGGCGAGGAAAUACACCAAACUUUAUGCCAAUUAUGGCAGCCCUUACUUAAAAAAGGUAUGUCCAAAGAAGCGAAGGACAAAAUUUUAAAACAGUACUUGGUUCCAAGCAACUGCACACUGCUGCAGGCGCCGAAACUUAACAUUGAAGUCUCCGCGACAGCCAACGAGAUGGUCAAGUCACGUGAUAAAAAAGUGGAGUCUGCCCAGCAACAACUUGGCGCGGGCAUCACGGCCAUCAGCAGAGCACUGACGACGCUGAUGACGACAAAUAAUAAAGUGGAGGCCGUUAGAGUAUUAAGUGAUGGCUGUCGGUUGCUAUGCGAUUUGCAUUUUAUGGAGACACAAGGCCGAAUCAAAAUGCUCGCAUCUGGGCUUACUAAGCCAUUCCUGAACGUCAUUCAAGACAGUGUACGGGACGAAACUUUGUUUGGUAAUAAUUUGUCUGAGAAGAUUAAAGCAUCAAAUACUAUAGAAAAACAAGGAAUGCAAAUAAGGAAGACACCACAACCUCCGAAAGCCACCACGUCCAGCCACUCAGGACCCAGACCUUCCCAGUUCCAGGGAAAUUGGACGGGCCCUCCUCGGUACCCAUACCCACCGAGCCGGGGGGGGCGCGGGGGACAGCGGAGGCCGCCACCCAGUGCGCGCCGCCCGGCGCCGGCGCCCGCGACCAGCAGGCCGCCGCCGCCGCAGGGCAGGUCGCGUGUCCCAACUCGUCCCUGAUGCAGACGGCGCCACCCACUGCACCAGACGCUUACCCUGGGGGCGGCGCUGCUCUCCGGCUCGCGUUCUCUCGCCGCGGAUGCCCACCGGAGGCCAUCGACCUAAUGAUAGCUUCUUUGUCAAAAAGCACAUUAAAAC